CGGCCCAAAGGGCGAUAUACCUUGACCGCGUAAUGGGCGAAAGUAUGAUUCCCUCAGGAUUUUUGGCUUUUAUGCUUUUAUACUUUGCCUUUUCAUCGCAUUUUCUUUCAUCUUAUGGCGCUACAAAUUUCACGCGAUCCCCAAACAAAACUGUGGUUGUAACUUCUCCAAAACCCAUAAAACUUGAAUGGAACUAUACGGUUGAUAAUAAAGACGAUUUCAAGGACAACUCACCAGUAUGGGAAUAUAAAAGCUCAAGUGGAAUUUGGCAAGAAAUUGCGAGUGAGGAUGGUCUUGAUGGAUGGAAAUGGAAAAUCAGCAGUGAAUGUCCAAACACAUUACGACCGCGAGUGAGUAAAGAGUCAGUAGCUACGUUGGUAAUAAUAAAUACCACCCGAAAAGACAGUGGACAUUAUAGAUGCACUCUAAAAUUAUUAAGCAGCGAAGACAUCCCUAGUGAAGUUGAAGUCAYUGUAAAUGAUCCCAUUGCAAGUCCCACACCUCCAAGUAACCCAGUUACAGUCAAUGGAAGUACCCCACAUUCUUCCACAACCAAAGCAGUGCCAACAACAAAGCCAACAACAAAGCCAAAAAAAGAGCCUUGCCCAGAUUAUCCUUACAAGGCUAUCGUAGAAAUUGGAGUAACUCCCAUAACCGUUGGUCCGGAUUAUCUAGAUUGGUCGAAGGACAAGAUCAGUGAAUUUUUCAAAAAGGAUCCAUUUUUCUGUGAUAUUAACGUCAAGAAGAAUGAUGAAAGUUUAACUAUAACCUUGGUCUCCAAAGACAAAGUAACAAAGGAGGAUGUCAGAAGGAAGGUUGAGGCUUUUGCAAAAACAGUGGAAGGGGACGUUAAAAUUAAUAUACUCUCUGUAGUAAUCAAAGGGCCUCCUCUGCGUCCAGCUGAAAUUGCUGGAAUAGUUAUUGCUGUAGUGGUGUUGAUUGCUGUCAUUGUCAUUGUCAUCGUAGUCGUCAUAAAAAAGAAAAAGGCAAAGAAAAAUUUGGAAAAGCAAGAAAAUGAAAUACAAAACAAAGCUUCCUCUUUAGAAUAAGAAAAAUCGCAAGCGAGGAAAUCCAGUAAUGCUUCAAAAAGUGAAGGAAUGAGUCUUCUCUCCCGGGAUGGCGUAGUAAGAUCUUCCCCGACUUCGCUUGAAUUGAGCCACGAAACUAAGGUUUAAAACUUGGGAAGGUCUUGUUGCUUUGAUGCUUUUAAGUCCGUAACCCGCUUCAUGAGAAAAGCGAAUUCGGGGAAAGGUCAUUGUUUAGCUAAUUUGACAGUAGCUUAGUAUACAACACUUAAGGGCCCGGUUGUACGAAGGGUGGAUAGCGCUAUCCGACGGAUAACUCCUAUCCAAGGGAUAAAUUUAUUGAAUAAAAGCAUCGAUUUAUCCACUGGAUGAGGAUUUAUCCAUCGGAUAGCGCUAUCUACCAUUCGUGCAACCGGGCCAAGAUGUUUAUCUGUUUAUCAUUUUGAAUUUGUUUUUUAAGCUUUUUUGCAAAUAUAUUCAUAUUGCCCAAUAAAACUGUAUACUUAUUCUUCGGGACAAAUAUCAUGCAAUAUCAUCCCAUGGUCUCCAUUGUUGUAACCAAACAAAAAUAAGUUGGCUAGAUGUCCUUCGUAACCGUAUCAGCACAUGAUAUAAGCAUAGAUUUUAUCAAGUCCAACUUCCACUUGAAACCUUUGCUACGUGGUCACUCAAGCGAAUUCCUGAAAGGUCUGGUCUAUAUACCGAAUCAAAAUGUGGUGACCGAUUUGAAUAACCAUUUUUCUGGGCUGAGUAACCGCACAACAUGUGAAAGCGCUUUUACACGUUGCUAGUCCAUCCAAAACAAUGGUAAUUCAUUCAACCUUAUCGCCAUAUUCUGAUUCGGUGUAUAAAACCAGGUAAUGUUAAAGUUGUCAUGAAAUAGAAAGCAAAUCUUUCGCAACUAGUCUGCGCAUAAAAGUAUUAAAAAUGCAAUAGCGAUCAUACGCUAAGUAUCAACUAGGUACACUAGAAGAUUGCAACGACAAUUACAUUUCAUUACAGCCCUUUUUGUUUCUGCGACCUAACCGACUCAACGCGUCUGGCAUCUUAGCUACCGUAAAAAGGCGACUGGAGCCGGCUAGGUCGCAGAAACAUGAAACGGGCUGUAAAAAUAACUUAAUCGGAAAAACUUCUAUUUAAAGUUGAAAGGUAUUAGUAAUAGCGUAGAACUUAAAAAUAAAAGACUCCUGUCUAGCAGGCAUGAAUUUUUAA